CCCUAAGUACUUUCGUCUCGACGACUUCUGUAACCAUAUUAGCAAUUUCAAUCCUUUAUGGAAGACCAAUUCAAGCAUAAAAUUCCACACUGUUUAUCCUGGAAUUAGCAGUAUGUUUGUUCAAAAAAAAAAAAAAAAACCAGUAAUCAUAUAUAUGCAAGUAAUAUUGCAAGUCCUCUAUCUGCCCUACACAAUCAAAAUCCUGUCAUGUCUUCUCAUUCUACAGCUAAUAGAGACCAAAGGCGUAGGCUCUUGUUUCCUCUGCUCAUCUUCUACUUGCUAUUCAUUCUCUCCUAUGCAGUUGAAGCUGAAGAUGAAAAAAAUGUCACCAACAUCGGAGCAAUCAUUGAUGUUAAUUCCCGUAUAGGCAAAGAACAGAAAGCUGCUAUGGAAAUUGCAGCAGAAAACUUCAACAAACAGUCAGACACUCAUGAGCUAAUCCUUCAUUUUAGAGAUUCUGGCCGCGACCCUUUUCUUGCUGCUUAUGCUGCUAAACAUUUGAUAAAGGAACAAAAGGUACAAGUGGUAAUUGGCAUGGAGACUUGGCAGGAGGCUAUUACAGUAGCUGAUGUAGUCCAUAACCAGCCUGAAAAAAUUCCUGUCAUUUCCUUUGCAGCACCAACCAUAACCCCACCGCUAAUAGAACGCCGUUGGCCUUUCUUGAUAAGAAUGGCAAGCGAUAAUGCUGCUCAGAUGAAAUGCAUUGGAGAUAUAGUUAAUGCAUACAACUGGAAAAGGGUUGUUGUAAUAUAUGAAGAUAAUGGUUAUGGUGGUGGUGUGGGGAGGCUAGCACUUUUAUCUGAGACUCUAAGAAAUGUUGGUUCUAAGAUUGAGCUUCGUAUAGUUCUCCCACAACUUUCUGAGUCUGAUACAAAUUGGGAUGAACUAAAGAAGCAGCUGUCGGAGAUUGCCAAUGUAAAUUCUAGGGCAUUUAUAGUUCUUCAGUCAUCUUUACCAACAGUAACUGCUCUGUUCAAAGUGGCUAGGAAGAUGGGAUUUGUAGGAGCAGAUUCAGCUUGGAUAAUCACAGAGAGUAUUGCUAGUUUGCUUGACCCUCAGGGCAAUUAUGAUAUGGAUGGUACACUGGGAAUGAAGACUUACUAUGAAAGGGAUACUAGUAGUUAUGCCAGAUUUCAGAAAGAAUUCCAAACAAAGUAUUCAGAAGAAGAUUACUCUAAGCCAGGAAUUUAUGCUCUUCGAGCAUACGAUAUUAUUUCAAUCAUCACGCAGGCCAUAAGUAGAAUGCCUAAUACUACUCUUCAAGAGUCAUUAGCUACAAUUUUGAGCAAUUACAAGGGUUUAAGUGGGAAAAUGCAACUCAAAGGAGGUGAGGUGAUGCUAGAUUCUGAGGUAAUGCUGGACUCUCCGAGAUUCAGGAUCAUAAAUAUUGUGGAUGGGAAGACAGAUAAAGAACUAAACUUGUGGACUCCAGAGUUUGGAUUUUCAAAAAGCCAUGUUAAAGUAUCAGGCAUAUACGGAAGUAAUGAUGAUGUUGGCAAUGUAACUUGGCCCGGGAAGCUAAGAGUACCUGACUCCAAAGGCUGGGCAAUGCCCACUGAUGAGAAGCCAAUGAAAAUUUUGCUCCCAACUUACCACACAAACUUUGUAAGGCGUAUCUCCGGGGAGAACUCAAAUGAGAUGGGAAAAACGGGUUUAUGCCCAGGAAAGAAGCCCCGAGAGAACUCAAAUGAGAUGGGAACAGAGGAUCCAUGCUCAUAUCUUCCUUUCUAUGAUGGUUUGAGUAUUGAUCUUUUCUGCUGCGUGCUAGAAAAUUUGGGUUAUCGCUUGCCACAUGAAGUACAUGAAUUUAACCACAACAAUGGCACUUACAAUGAUACGGUAGAACUAGUCUAUAACAAGACUUACGAUGCUGUGAUUGGCGAUACAACUGUACUUGAGCCGCGAAUUGACAAAGUGGAUUUCACUCAACCAUAUCUGGAGUCUGGUUUGUCAAUGAUAGUUCCAGAUAUACCUAAUGAGGAGGAAGCAUGGAUGUUUUUGAAACCUUUCUCAUGGAAAACGUGGGUUGUAACUGGUGGCAUCUUAAUCUACACGACCUUAGUAGUAUGGUUCCUUGAGGUGCCAUCAAAUCCAGAUUUCAGUGGCUCGUUUAAGAAUCAGAUUGCCUUAGCAACUUGGUUCACCUUCUCAUCUUUGUUCUUUGCUCACGGAGAAAAAGUCUACAGCAACUUGACUCGAGUAGUUUUUGUAGUGUGGCUGUUUGUUGUAUUGAUCUUAAGCUCAAGCUACACUGCUAAUCUGUCUUCAAUGCUUACAAUCCAACGACUGAGCCCGAAUGUAACAGAUAUUGAAAUGUUGAGGAGCACCAACUCAUUAGUUGGUUGCGAUAAUUCAUUUGUCAGGAAUUACCUAGAGAAUGUUCUUGGUUUCAAUCAAGAGACUGUCAAGGUAAUAGAUAGCAGCUACGACCUGGAAGAAAUCAGAAGUAAAAAUUUAUCUGCUGUAUUUCUUGAAUUGCCAUAUGCGCAAGUAUUUAUGGACAACCAUACGGGCUUUACUCUCACCAAAGCCACCCACAGUUUUGGAGGCUUUAGCUUUGUAUUUCAGAAAGGCUCUCCAAUAGCUAGGGAUUUCUCUAAGGUCAUUCUAGAUCUACUGGAGAAUGGAAAAAUGAGAAAACUUCAAGAUCACUGGUUGACCCCAAACAAACGUCCAACCAAUACAACUUCCGAUACAACCAAUACAACUUCCGAUAUGCCAGAAAGCUUGCGCCUCGAGAGCUUUUGGGGUCUCUUUGUAAUAUCCGGGGCUACUUCCACCUUCUGUUUUCUAAUAUCUCUUACUAUCUGGCUAAAGAAGUUAUAUCGAGGCAUUGUUUAAAACUUAACAAGCUUUGUAUUAGACAAGAGUACUUUAGGUAAGUUUCUUCUUAAGAACAUGCCAGAUUUGACCCUGUGACUAUGUAAAGAGUAGGACACCAUCUAUUGUAUCAUUACUAAUUUCUCGGGCAGUAUGUAUGAUAACUUGUAAGUGCUUGUGUGUUGGUUGUAAUUAUUUGCAUUUCAGUUUGUAAGAUGACUGUAUGCGUUUCAAACUUUAAUCCUUCACAGAA